AGCGCGAUUUGGGGCUGGAGCGGGAAAACGAAAAUGACAGCGCGAAGGUUUUCCCGCUCAACGAAAAACACUGCCCACUCUCAACUCAAUCUCAGUGCCCCUUGUAUCUAUAAUAACAAUAGCUGAAUCCCACAACUACCUCCAUUUCCCAUACCCUCUCUUUUCAAUCCCCAAUCUCACUUCUCCCGCCAAAGUCCACCGUUACUUUCUCAGGCUUCAGAUUUGUGCUUCUACAAGAACCUUCCAACAGAUAUCAUUCUCUCAGUUUCAUAGUUCAUAUCGCCAUGCCUGCAAUUGCUGAUCCUUCCACUCCUAACACCCACAAGCGCAAGUUAAGAUCUCACGCGCCGCCACGCGCCGAAUCUCCUUCCCCUUCCCCACCGAAAUGGAAGUCGCCCCGCCCAUCUGCUAUUGCCAGCCCCCAUUCUGCUGCAAAUGGUAAUGAAAUUGUUGCUGAUGAAAAUCAAGGUGUAUUGCGGAAACCUGACCCUGUGAAAUCCCUUUGGAAUCUGAAAGAUGGUGAGCAAUUGAGAGUGGUGAAGGAGGCAUUGCACCUUGCAACUGCACCUUCCGCGGUUGUGUGUCGAGAAGAGGAGCAGGAUAUGGUUUUGGGGUUCUGCAAAUCCUGCAUUGAGCAUGAGAAGGCUGGGAGCUUGUACAUAUGCGGGUGCCCUGGAACUGGAAAAUCGUUGUCUAUGGAGAAAGUGAAAGAGGCUUUACACAAUUGGGCAAAAGAGGAAGGUUUUCCACUGCCAGAUGUUUUAUCAGUAAAUUGUACAUCCCUUGCCAAUACAUCAGAUAUUUUCACCAAGAUACUUGGGUUAAGCCAAUCACGGGGAAGAAGGGUUUUGGCAACACCCUUGCAACAACUUCAGAACAUGUAUUCACAGAAAUCUUCUACCAGGAAUAUGAUGUUGAUAGUUGCUGAUGAGUUAGAUUACCUAAUAACCAGAGACCGGGCUGUGCUCCAUGACCUUUUCAUGCUUACCACCUUCCCAUUUGCCAGAUGUAUAUUAAUAGGGGUAGCAAAUGCUAUUGACCUAGCUGAUCGAUUUCUUCCAAGGCUUACAUCUCUAAAUUGCAAGCCUACUGUUGUAACUUUUCGUGCCUACUCUAAAGAUCAAAUCCUUAGGAUUCUUGAAGAAAGGCUAAAUGAACUUCCUUACACUGUCUUUCAACGUCAAGCACUGGAACUAUGUGCUAGGAAAGUUGCUGCAGCUUCUGGGGAUAUGCGGAAAGCUCUUUGCAUUUGUAGGAGUGCGAUAGAGAUGCUAGAAGCUGAAGUUAGAGAAUCUGUAUGCAAUUUGAAUACUCCAUUGGAAGAGAAAUCAUCCUCUGAACAAAAUAUGGCUACAGUUUCUGAUCCCAUGAAGAAACAAGAAUUUGAUAUUGUAAGGAUUGAUCAUAUGGCUCGUGCUUUGUCAAAGACAUAUAGAUCACCAGUGGUGGAUACUAUACAAUCGUUGCCACAUCAUCAACAGAUUAUACUUUGCUCGUCCAUGAAACAUUUCCGUGGAUCUAAGAAGGAUACAAUCCUUGGAGAGCUGUAUAAAUCUUACUCUGAGUUAUGCAAAUCAUCAUUGAUUCCCCCAACAGGAAUCUUGGAAUUCUCAAACAUGUGCAGAGUGCUUAAUGACCAGGGGCUCAUUAAACUAGGACCAUCACGAGAGGAUAAAUUGAAAAGGGUAACACCAAAAGUUGACGAGGCUGAUAUUACAUUUGCAUUGCAGGGAAUCCGAUUUUUUAGAAAUUGUCUUCAAUGAUCCACUCAUGAUUGGUGAUUUUGGUUUAGCAUGAUGUGAGACAGUAGAUAAUUAGUUUUAUGUUCUCCACUCCAUAGAUAACAGAUUAUUUCAUUAUAUAUGAAAUUGCUUGGGAGUUGGGAAGAAUUUUCAGCUGACAAGCAACAGUUGUGAUAAGAUAUUCAGAUUAUUUGUUUUCCUAGAGAGCAAUGCAAGCAGAGAAAGAAAACAUGAUUUUAUCUCUGGUUUUAUUCAAAAUUUACCUUAGUUACAACAUUAAACUUAUUCUUUUCUCAUCAACAAUAAAAGCUAAAUAGCCUUGCUGGUAAGGGGGGUGUAGUUACAUAGGUCAGAAUUUAUCACCCCAUUAAAUGAUUCUUUUCUCAACUUGAAAUUUCAAAAUUGUCAAUGAAGGUUUAGUAAUAUCUGAUUUUGUUA